AUGCGCUACGUCGGAUUCAAUUUCGAUGCGCUUUGUAGGAGGAUUCUUGAGCUAUGUCCAGGUGCUGAUUCGAUCUCGAAUUGCAAAAAAAUAGAAGGAGGAUUUAAUCGGGUCUUUAUCUUCACCUUGAAUGAUUCUAAACUCAUCGUUGCAAGGCUACCAUUUACUCUGGCUGGACCAUCUCAAUUAGCAACUUCCUCUGAAGUUGCUACAAUUCAAUACUUACAAGCUAAGACGACUAUUCCAAUCCCAACAAUCCUGGACUGGAGUAAUGAGUGCUCAAAUGCUAUUGGAAGCGAGUAUAUCAUAAUGGAACAUGCUGAGGGUGUUCAACUACACAAAAAAUGGCCAGAAAUGGCUGGUAAUGAACGAGUAAGAUGUAUUGACGGAAUCUACCGAAAGCUGCGAGAGAUGGUGGGCUUGAAAUUCCCUGCUUUUGGGAGUGUGAAUUUCGAAGCCAGUCUUCCACCUGAUUGCAAAAAACAACCUCUGGGUGGAGGUUUUUGUGUUGGACCCCACUGCGCACCCAGGUAUUGGAAUUGCAAUACUAGUGAGCCAAGGUAUUAUUAUAACACUCAACCAAAUCAAGGACCAUGGACUACUCUAAAUGAAUAUUGCGAUGGCCUUGUUGAUGCUGGUAUUUCCAGGAUCCCACCUAACGAUUGUGCAGCUGAGAAACGGGCAUUGUAUCAUGGCUCUGUUCAAGAACACUUGAGCCUCCUUGAAUGUACUCGGUCUGUGCUGAAGGAAAUGUGUACACACCCUCAGAUUCAAGCAGUUUCAACACCGACAUUGUUCCAUCCCGAUCUACACAAAAGAAAUAUAUUUGUUUCGGAAGAUGACCCUUCAAAAAUAACAGACAUUAUUGAUUGGCAGUCAGUUAGCAUUGAACCGGCGUUCUGGUAUGCGGAUGAAGUGCCGGAUUUUGCUAUUCCUGAUGAUUCUGAAAACAAUGUUUGCGCGAAAGCUUUUGAUACUUGCUCUCGGUUUUUGACUCCCAAGCUUUCCGGUCCUAGGUUAAUGGAUGAGGAUCUAUUCAGACCGUUUCUCUAUGGUUACAGAACGUGGAAAGAUGGAGUUGUUGCCCUACGCCAUGAACUGAUUGAGACUACCCGAAGGUGGAACGAACUCGGUUUCGCAGGCUCGAGUCCAUAUUCUCUCCCUUCGCCAAAUGAACUAGCGAAGCAUGAAAGAGAGUACAAGCUGUUUGUAGCAGCACAGGACUUGAAGCAUGACCUAUCAAGCCUGCUCAAUACUGCGACAGAUGGAUGGGUUCCUUUAGAUAACUGGGAAGCAACUGAGUUGGCCCACGAGGAAGUAUUUGAUGGCAUGUUGACUGCUGUUCUAACAAACAAGAACCCUGAUCAUGAUGAACCAGUGAAAGAUGAAGGAGUCCUAAGAUCAAUUUGGCCAUAUGACCUUAAGACUUGAUACUGGUUGGCUUAACCUGCCCACUAAUUCCUGGGCUCAUAUCGACAAAGUGAUAUUAACCUCUCGAUAUAUGGGCCCAAUAAUGUUCUGAAAAGCAUGAAGAAGCCACUGUCUCCUUCCUAAUUCAACGUAGUUAAGUUGGGUGAAUAGAGAGAUUUGUUAUUCCUGUGGAUGGAGACCGGCAAGAGGCUAUGCUUGGUUGGAAACAGUGCCAGCGGAGUCACAUGUCUGCUCGCCACAUAGAUGGCACGCAAAAAUACCCGUAUUAUGUUCUCUCAUUGUUAGAUUUCUAGUUGAAUAUG